AACGACUUCAGUUUCAUAAAGCCGGGCAAGAAAAACCUCCUUAGAAGAGAAUUUCAACUUGUGUAUUUGGUCAGGUGAUAAGAGGCUGCCAACCCCCAAAGCAAGUUUCAGCAAGCCAAACUGAUCUGACAGGAGCUAAACUUUCUGAUUUCAGAUAAGCGUACGGGAUUGCUGCAAUGGCGCUUCUGUUUCAAUGUUCUUGCUCCGUAAGAGGUAGCGUCGGUGCAUUUCUGCUGAUUCUGGUCGCAUUCGUCAGUUCUGGACAUGCUCUCAAUCUGCAGCUUUUUCUCGAUCAAGCCGACUUGAUUGGUGCAGGCACGGUCAGCGCAACGUGUAUCGAUGUGGAUGGCAGCCCUAAUAAUCUGCCUAUCUCCUGGUCGUUCGCGGAUGAUUCGGCGGUCCUACCUGAGGGAACGAACUUCUACUUCAUUGGCCAGAAUACGGAAACGAUUGUCCUGCACGUCGCCAGGGCAGUCAUGCCUGACGAUAGCCUCUUUAACAUCCGUGCGGUUAUCCAUUUCAGGUGCGCUACGCAGGGAUCCACGAGCGACGACGCUACUGUAACGCUGUACAAUGAUUUGUGUCUAGAGGAGUACUUCUACUGCUUUCGCCGCUUCAACUAUGCCCUGGGCUCAGCGACAUGCAGAAGCGGACUGUCCACUGUUUCGAUCUCUGGCACACCCGUCACUUCGGCCCAGUACAACUGCACGUGCCUGUCCGGCAAUGCUGGCGCUCCCUGCAGAAGCGUGCGCGACUGCGUCGCGAAUGCGGCCACCCCAAGAGAUAGGCUUCUUCAGUGCACAGAACUCUACCCAGAACGACUCACUGUGACGCCUUCCAGGGUGGAUGUCUUCACUGGCUCCAGCGUCACCUUCAACUGUACCAGCGUAUUGCCCAUCACAUCAGCAGGGGUGAAUUGGACUGUCCCGCCACAAUUGCCCAUGGACAGCUUGCGCUUCUCAGCACAAGGAGGCAACACGCUCACCAUCGACCCUAUCACCGCGAAUGUCAGUCCUGAUACGUUCGUUUCAACUACCUUUACUGUAACGUGCUCUGCGACCGUCCUUGGUGGCAUACAACGGGCCAACGCCGUACUCGAUGUUCGUGACUUCUGCACACAGCCAGACGCGUGCCUGCAGUCAACUCUGUAUCCCCCCGGUAGUGCCGAGUGUGUGUCCUCACCCUUCACUGCUCCUCACUGCGAUUGCGUGGCUGGCGCUGCCGGUCAGGACUGCAGAGGGCUGGAGAACUGUUCGAAUGUGUCCACUUCAGCUACGUUUUUUGACUGUGCCCGUGGGAUCGGCUGCACACUGAAUAACGGAGGCAAUAGCGCAAGUCAGUACUUCAAUUGCAAUUCUGGAAACGCCAUCCUGCCAAGCCUCAGCAUGUUAGCAGUCCUGGCGCUAAGCACUUUGUUCAUGUAGUACGACUGCACUCCAGUUGCUUAUCCUACAUGUACCGCCGCUGUCGCGCAGGGGACAACUCUUGCAGCACACAUGUACAUGUACAUGUACAUAAUAAUAAUAACAAUAAUAAUAGUUACAGUUCGCAUGUCACUCUUGGAAGGAUCCAUGGGCUUAACGCAUCUGUCAACGAAAUGCAGGCAGAAGAGCCAACAAAAAGCAUCUCAUUAUUGUUAGAACGUAUCGCAGUAAGAACAACUACGCAAGCGCAGCACAUUUUUCCGUAGCCACCCGUGCACGCCAACGGCUUGGGGUCCUAAACAGAGCCGCCCACAUACUCACCCCCGCCGGCCGGACGACCGUAUACAAGGCGUUCGUACGACCAGUCAUGGAGUAUGCGCCUCUUGUAUGGAUGGGAGCUGCGCAGAGUCACCUCCAGCGUCUGAACAAUGUUCAGCGCCGCGCGCUUCAUGCUAUCGGCCCUCGGGCACACCUACCCAGCCUGGCCAUCCGCCGCAUUGUUGCCUCGCUUGCCUGCCUGUACAAGCUGCACUACUUGCCUGGUCCUCCGCAGCUGCUCUCUGUGUUGCCACCGCGCCACAUCAUCUCUACCAACCCCAGAACUCGCAGCGAGCACGGUGCUGUCAGUGGCCAUGACCACCAGCUCCAACACCAGCUGCCUGCAUCUGCCCCGCUGGCACUGAAGCGAUUGGAACUCCCUCCCUGCCGCUCUCCUAGCCCAGCCUCCUCACAGCAAGAGAAUGCAAUCAUGCAAAACGAAUGUUUACCGCCAUCUUCGCAGCACAAACUGGCUCUGGGCAGUCGAUUCCCUAUGAAUAGUAUGACGCUAAGACAGUUUCUCCCCCACAAUCGCUCGUGUUAAGCCUUGGGUUUUUGCAUCUUUCUCACCUGUACAGCUCUAUCUUCUUCUUUUUUCAUUGUUUUUGGGGCGUGUUUUUGGCCGUGACGCCGAGACCUCAGGUCGGCAGAGUCAUCAAUGCCCCACCAUCACUGCUGCGUCUCGGUGCAGCGCCU